GGUUGUGUAUUGUAGAAAUAUUUUUCAGAAUUACAAAAGUUCAUUGAUACAAAAUAUGCAAAAAUCUACAAUUUUUUUUAUGUUUUUCAUUAUGAUGGAAAUAGCAUUGGUCACACAAGGUCGACCAUAUCCAAGUGGGAAAAAUGAGGUGGAAAAAAAGUUGAUUGGUGGUCAAUCGUCAAAUGCCCCAAAAGGUGAUGAAGUGCUAAGGAUCCCAAUAGAUCAUUUACUGACAGAUAUCCGAAUAGGUGAAGAUGAGGAGAAUGGUGGUGAAUCGUCAAAUGCCUCCAUAGGUGAUGAACCGGAGAAUGUCCAACUAAGUGGUCAAUCGUCAAAUAUCCCAAAAGGUGAUGAACCGGAGAAUGUCCAAUUAGGUGGUCAAUCGUCAAAUAUCCCAAAAGGUGAUGAACCGGAGAAUGUCCAAUUAGGUGGUGAAUCGUCAAAUAUGCCAAAAGGUGAUGAACCGGAGAAUGUCCAAUUAGGUGGUCAAUCGUCAAAUAUGCCAAAAGGUGAUGAACAGGAGAAUGUCCAAUUAGUUGGUGGCAAGCAGUCAAAUAAACCUAAAGGUUGCGGGGGUUCAUUAAAACGACUUUGUUCAACUGUCCCAUGCCAGUUGUGUAGAAAGGCUCCUCCGACAAAUGACUAAUGAGACACCUUGUAUAAAAUGUUGCUGCAAUCCGUGCUGGU